GUUUAUUUCUGAAGCAAUUGGCAGGAGACCAGCCUAGUGGUUAUAUCCGUGGAGUGGGUAAUAUUUUGACUGAUACGUCAAAAGUUCGAAACUCAACAAGGUUACAUUUUUUAGUCUCGUUUUUCAACAGAAGGAAGGUGGCAGCAGGUAAUUUAAUGGAAAUUAGAGGGUUAUUUUGGUCAUUUUAAGAGUCCGAGUGUGUAAACACGUUUUUGGAGGCCUAACCUAACCCUAGCCGCUCACUCGUUCCUCCUUCUCCUCUUCUCUUCCAUUUUUGAUCUGAAACCCGAGAGAAAAGCAAGAGAGAGCCAAAAUCCUAGACCAGACUCAAACCGCCGGUCUUCCCCCACCUCUCUGCUUCUCUUCCGAUUCUUCCCCUUUUCACCUCUCUACCUGCCUCUCUAUGUUUCUCUCUUUCUCUCCGUUCCUGGUAAUGACGGGAAGAAAGGAAGAAAGGAAACGCCGACGAUUGAGGACAGCGGCGACGACCAAGGUCUGAGGUAGGUGUUUUCGGGUUUGCAUGUCAUCUUCUCAAGUAUUUUUUGUCGAUUUAGAGUUCUGAUUGUCUAUUUCUUCGGUUUUUCUAGGUUUUUGGCAAAUGCGCGGACCAUGGGGGAAAAUGGAGGCGGUUUGCUAGGCGAAGGGAGUCUCCGGCGGCGACAGGCGGCGGAGGAGCAGAGAGAAGGAAGGGCGGCGACUGACGGUCUAUUGACAGGACGGGAGAGAUGGAAGCAGUCGGAUCCGAGUGGGAUGAGAGCUCGCCGCAGGCGAAUACAGGCGGUGUCGCGGGCGGCUUUUACCGCAGAGGAAGUUUUGACUUCAGGUUGAGUAAGAGGUGGAAGAAGAAGAAAUAAAAUUAGAAAGGGGAAAGAAGGUGACAGUAUGAAGAAGAGGGUGAGGGAAUGUUUGUCUUUGUUUUUCUAUUUUGUUUAAUUAUUUUCGGCUUCUCUUUUCUGUUUGGUAUUUUGAGGAAGAGGAGGAAGGAGCAGAGAAAGAGUAGAAGAAAGAGCAAGAAGGAAGGAAGCUUUAUUCUUCAGUGAAUGUUCUUGUUGUCUCCCCCCUUUUCAAGAGCUGAAGGGCUCUUUUUAUAGUAAAAAAACUGCAGAGGUGGCACCAUAUAAUUGGCUUUGAGGGUAUGUAGGAGCCGCCCUCUAGUGGUAAGUAGGUUGUAGAUUGGGUUGGAUCGAACCGGCUUGGUUCAGAUGGUAUGGGUUGAGUUGGAGGCUUUGGGUUUUGACCCAGAUUGACUUUUGGUUUAAAUUGAGCCUGACUUCUUUUAUUGUGUGGUGUAAUUAGUGUUAUGUAAUGGUAGUUUAGCAAUGUAAUUAUUGUGUAUGGUAAUAAUUAUUGUGGUUAUUUAGCAUUCUAUUUAUUUUAAUAAAAUUGUUGACUUAAC